UUAUCCAACCAAAGAAAAGGGAGCUCUGUAAACUCAGACUCAGACUCACACAUAUAUAUAUAUAUAUAAACAUAUAUAUAAGCCAAAACCUCCCUUCUUCUUCAACAAUGGCGGGAAUGGCGACCUUCUUCACUUUCUCAUCAUCGUCUUCUUCAAUCCUCACCUCUCCUCCAUCACUUUCUUUCUCUUCCAACCUCUCUCUACUUCCAAUACCGACUUUCUCUCGCUCUCUUCAAUUUCGCCACCCAACAUUUCCCAGAAUUAUGGCUUUGUCUAGUAACGAUAUUAAGGUUGGCACUGAACUUGAAAUCGACGGUGCUCCUUGGCGAGUUUUAGAGUUUCUUCAUGUGAAACCUGGUAAGGGUGCUGCAUUUGUGAGGACCAAAAUCCGUAAUUUCAUAACAGGGAACACUAUCGAGAAAACUUUUCGAGCUGGAGUUUCGAUUGAUGAGGCAGAAGUAUUUAAGGAAACCAAACAGUUCACCUACAAAGACGGUUCACAGUUCGUCUUCAUGGACCUGAUCACAUACGAGGAAAUUCGCCUCAAUGAUGCUGAUGUCGGGGAUAAAACAAAGUGGUUGAAAGAAGGAAUGGACUGCAAUCUCCUACUUUGGAAAGGAAAGGUUAUUGGCCUUGAACUUCCUGUCACAGUGCAGUUGAAAGUAGAACAAGUUGAUCCAGGACUCAAGGGUGACACGGCUCAAGGUGGUGGAACAAAGCCUGCAACUCUUGAAACCGGAACAAUCGUCAAUGUCCCGUUAUUCAUAAAUACAGGGGACACAAUAAUAGUCGACACAAGAACCGGACAAUACACGAGUCGGGCAUGAGUUAUAGCUUGUAGAUUACCUACCAUUAGACAAUUCUUUUCGGCCUUUUGUUUACCAUUAAAGAGAGUUCUAUUCUAUCUUCACUGUAUGAGAAAUGUACACAAAGUUUUCACUUGAAAUUAGUAAAACCUCAACCUUUGUUGUAAACUACUUAGCUCAUUUGAGAAUAGCUUAAUACAUUUUUGUAUCUAAUCAAAGAAA